ACAAGGAUAGCCCCUUGCUGCCGGCGGGGCAUUCAAACCCCGGGCUAUCUCUAGGGAUGGUCUGUUGGAGGAGAAACCCGAGGAGGAAGUCAGCCGUUGGAAGAAGGACCUGGGAAAGGUAGGAGGAGAGCAGCUUAUAGGGAGAUGUCUCUGGUUCUGCAAAGGAUCAGAAGGUUGCAAAAAAUGGAAAUGAGCGGUUGGGAAUGAGAGAAAGUUUAGCUGUAUGAGUACUCGUACGAGGCUCGACACAAGACCCUCGACGGACAACAUUAUUGGCUCGUAGAAAUGAGCGGCUGGAGCCGACUCACUUAGAAGAAGAAAAAAAAUUACUGAUGUAGGUAAAUAAGGAGUGACACUAAAGGGUUUUGAUUGCAUGGCAUUGAAGAUCUAUGCGACUUUCGCCAUUUUUAGAGAACAAUAGGGCAUAUUUCAUGUCGGUCUGUGCGCUGCAAAUUGAUAUUCACAGAUUACGGGACGGUUCAAAAAGGCAUAUUAUUUGCCUUCAUAUAUAUUCUUGAUGCUUAUACGCAGUCGUGUACGUUUGAGGACAUUUCUUUUUACCAUUGACACCUUCCCCUUUAUAUACCAUCGCGCAUAUCAGACAACAAAAAGCAGCUAAUCAAAAUAAUGCUUUCGACCUGUGAUAGCUCUUCCCAAUCUAUCCGAAGGUCUCUUCAGGACGAUCUUCUGGAUUUUCAAGAGACAUUUGCCAAAGCCCUAGGAAAAAGAGAGGUUCAUGACCUCGAGAGCGUCGUCCAAAAAGGGAACAAGUUGGUAACGGCCAUUAAGUGGAGCUCUUCCCGCGAUUUACUGGACAAAAAUACCGCGAGCUUGGCGUACGCUGUGGCCAGCAGUGUAAAGCUCAUUGGUUCUUCGGCCUUAGAACUUGAAGGGGGUCGGGAAGACGCGAUCGGAGAAGCAAUGCUUAGAAUAGAGUCACUUUUGCUAGAUGAAGGGCAAAGUCGAAAACGUCAACAGAGGAACCACGUGCCACGGCUGAAACGAUAUUGCCGCGGCUCCUCUUCCGAGUCAAGCAUUGCGUGGCCCAAAUCCACUUUCGACAACUCACCAAAGCCCUCAGAGCCCCCAAUAGACCAUACUGUCGUCCGUCUCUGGUUUCUUGAUAACCUCGCUUAUCCCUAUCCAACCGCACAACAGAAAGACUUUCUUGCCAAAACUGCUGGCAUCCAGCGCAGCCAAGUCGAUUCUGAUCUGACUAAUUAUCGCCGCCGGGCUGGAUGGACUGACAUCAUGAACGUGUGGUGUGGUGGUGAUCGCAACGCGAUGAAGAAGUUGAUGAACAGGGUGGAGAAAGGUAAGGAGCAGAGGAAGAAGAUUUUGGAUGCCGUGCAAGGGUGUAGGGAUUAUUUGACGAUGAAGGAGAACAAUAAGGUUGGUGACUGGAUCAAAGAGAUCACCCAGAACUCCGCCUUCAAAUACCGUUUCACUGGAUCUCUCCCCGACAUAUCAGCCGCCUCUCCAUGCUCUAGCAUUCGACCCUGCACUCCCCGUUCCUUCUCCGGUAGUAGUGCCACCUCUAGCACAUCUUCUUGCUCCGAAGUCUCCGAGGCUUCUGCCAUCAUCACUAUUCCUAGAAAGAGGCGUUACACCGGCGACGAGUCCAUUUCUCCCUUCAAACGUGUUCAAGGUCAGACUGUUGAGGUCUCUGGUUCAUACGAACCUUGGUCCUUCGCCGACCUGCAGCCUAUGCCUCCUUCUCCCGGUGCCGCCCAAGAGGACAUCGAUAACGAGUUUGUCGCCCCCACCACUUACUUUAUCAGUGCAACUUCUCUCUCAUUAUCUUCACCUGCCGAACCUCUUACCAAGCCGCGCCUAGCGUGUUAAUACAGAUAAACCCACUCAUGAUGGUCGAUGCCGCAAGUAUGGGAGUCCAAUCCGAUCCUGUAAGGUGUUUUUUUUUUUUCAUCUAGACCUGAUCGAGCGCACGCCUUUUGAAACCGUCGUAUCCGUAGAAGAAAGAAGGCUGAAUGGUAGAUGCGCGAACGAAUGAACGAAUGAAUGAAUGAAUGAAUGAA